GACAGAGGAUAGGAGGCGAGAGGAAAAUAUCAUUGCCACGUAUGCAAUCAAUCUAGGCUUCUCAGAGCUGCUAAAGAUCUUCCUCCUUCUUUCUCUCUCCCUUGUUUGUGCAGUCUUCUGGCUCUCACUCUCUAUUUAUCACACCAUUAACCACCACCUCUUAAAUAUAUUUUCCAUAAAUCACCAAAAUUUCCCAUUUUUUUCACCUCCAUCGUUUCACCCACUGAAUCACAGUUUUCUUUUCUUUUCUUUCUAACAAAAAUCGCUUCUGCACACACAAGGAUUCAGGUAAAAAAAUAUCUGGCCAUGGUGAACAGGGAAUGGUGAAUUACGAUAUUUUAAUUAUUGAUUGGUAGCAUGUUUUGGCUAGAAUUUGGAUAAUUGCUUUUGAUUAUCAGAGGCAGAAGGAAACAAUACCUUGAAAGUAGAUAGAUGUCGUCGGCUUCUUCUUUGAUGGCUGCUUCCAGUGAAAGGUGGAUUGACCGUCUUCAGUACUCCUCAUUGUUCUGGCCUCCUCCACCGGAUGGUCAACAGAGAAAGGAUCAAAUUGCUGCAUAUGUUGAGUACUUCAUUCAGUUUACAUCAGAACAGUUUGCUGAUGAUAUUGCUGAGUUGAUCCGUAACCGUUAUCCAUCCAAGGAUAUUCUUCUCUUUGAUGAUGUUUUGGCAACAUUUGUCCUUCAUCAUCCAGAGCAUGGGCAUGCAGUUGUGCUUCCAAUUAUUUCAUGUAUUAUUGAUGGUACACUAGUCUAUGAUAAGGCUAGUCCUCCAUUUGCUUCUUUCAUAUCUUCAGUCUGCCCAAAAAUUGAGAAUGAAUACUCAGAACAAUGGGCUCUAGCAUGUGGUGAAAUUUUGCGCAUUUUAACUCAUUACAAUCGCCCUAUUUACAAAACGGAAAGACAAUCUGGUGAAACAGAAAGAAGCACUAGUGGCAGUCAUGCCACAACUAGUGAACCUGGGAAAUCUGGGCAUAAUUCUUUGACACAGCAAGAGAAGAAACCUAUUAGGCCGUUGUCCCCCUGGAUUACUGAUAUAUUGUUGGCUUCACCAGUUGGCAUUAGAAGUGACUAUUUCCGAUGGUGCAGUGGUGUUAUGGGUAAAUAUGCUGCAGGAGAACUGAAGCCUCCAUCAACCGCUUCUUCCCGUGGUUCUGGGAAGCAUCCUCAACUUGUGCCUUCAACUCCAAGAUGGGCUGUUGCCAAUGGUGCUGGUGUUAUAUUGAGUGUUUGUGAUGAUGAAGUUGCUCGCAAUGAGACUACUACUUUAACAGCAGCUGCUGUCCCUGCACUUUUGCUUCCUCCUCCAACGACAGCUUUGGAUGAGCAUCUUGUUGCUGGAUUACCAGCUCUGGAACCAUAUGCUCGUUUAUUUCAUAGAUAUUAUGCAAUUGCUACUCCAAGUGCUACACAAAGACUUCUUCUUGGACUUCUAGAAGCACCCCCAUCGUGGGCUCCAGAUGCACUUGAUGCUGCUGUGCAGCUUGUGGAGCUUCUUCGAGCUGCUGAAGAUUAUGCAUCUGGCAUAAGGCUUCCUAGAAAUUGGAUGCAUUUGCACUUCUUGCGUGCAAUAGGGACUGCAAUGUCCAUGAGAGCUGGUAUAGCCGCUGAUGCUGCCGCUGCUCUUCUUUUUCGUAUACUUUCACAGCCUGCAUUACUUUUUCCUCCUCUUAGACAAGUUGAUGGAGUUGAAGUUCAACAUGAACCUCUGGGUGGUUAUAUUUCUUCCUAUAAAAAGCAGAUAGAAGUUCCUGCAGCUGAAGCCUCAAUUGAAGCUACUGCCCAAGGCAUUGCAUCAAUGCUUUGUGCCCAUGGUCCAGAGGUUGAAUGGAGAAUUUGCACUAUUUGGGAAGCUGCUUAUGGCCUGAUUCCUACAAGUUCCUCAGCUGUUGAUCUUCCUGAAAUUAUAGUUGCAACCCCGCUACAACCACCCAUACUGUCAUGGAAUUUGUACAUACCCCUACUGAAGGUCCUGGAAUAUCUUCCUCGAGGAAGCCCAUCGGAGGCAUGUCUUAUGAAAAUAUUUGCUGCUACAGUGGAAGCUAUUCUUCAGAGGACAUUUCCACCCGAGUCAUCUAGAGAACAAAACAGAAAAUCAAAAUACUUAGCUGGCAUUGGCUCUGCCUCGAAAAACCUUGCCAUGGCAGAACUUCGUACUAUGGUUCAUUCACUCUUCUUAGAAUCAUGUGCAUCUGUAGAGCUUGCUUCACGCCUACUUUUUGUUGUCUUAACUGUCUGUGUCAGUCAUGAAGCUCAAUUCAGUGGAAGCAAGAGACCAAGAGGUGAAGAUAACUAUUCAGCUGAGGAUAUCAUUGAGGACUUACAAACAUCUGAAAACCAGAAAGUAUCAAAAAAUAGGAAAUUGAAGAAGCAAGGUCCUGUAGCAGCAUUUGAUUCUUAUGUUCUGGCUGCUGUUUGUGCUCUUGCCUGUGAGCUUCAGUUGUUCCCUUUGAUUUCAUGUGGGAAUAAUCGUUUAGCUUCCAAUAAUGUGCAAGAUAUAGCCAAGCCUGUUAGACUAAAUGGAUCCUCCCAUGAGUUGCAGAAUGGCUUAGAUUCAGCAAUGCGUCAUACUCACAGAAUUUUAGCAAUUUUAGAGGCAUUAUUUUCAUUGAAGCCAUCUUCUGUUGGCACGCCUUGGAGUUACAGCUCAAAUGAGAUAGUUGCAGCAGCUAUGGUUGCUGCACAUGUUUCUGAACUAUUUAGAAGGUCAAAAACUUGCAUGCAUGCUCUGUCUGUUCUUAUUCGUUGCAAAUGGGACAAUGAAAUUCAUUCCAGGGCGUCAUCAUUGUAUAAUCUCAUAGAUAUUCACAGCAAAGCUGUUGCAUCUAUAGUGAACAAGGCAGAACCAUUAGAAGCAACCUUAAUUCAUGUACCGAUUUGGAAGGAUUCCCUCGUUUGUGUUGGUGUUAAAAGGCAGAAUCAGUGUGAAAGUAGUAGCUGCUUUGCCCCUGGGCAGACAUCUGUUGUACCUUCAGAAGAUUCAUUCCCAUCAAAAGUUGACCAUAAUUCUCAGAAAACCCCAUGUUCAAAGGAUGCAUCAGAUUAUACCUUGGGUAAAGGAGUCACAGGUUUCUCAUUAGAUGCUUCUGAUCUAGCCAACUUCCUCACAAUGGACAGGCAUAUAGGAUUGAAUUGCAAUGGGCAAAUUUUUCUAAGAUCCACGCUGGCAGAGAAACAAGAGUUAUGUUUCUCUGUAGUUUCACUGUUAUGGCACAAGUUGAUUGCAUCUCCUGAAACACAACCUUGUGCAGAAAGCACUUCUGCCCAACAGGGCUGGAGACAGGUUGUUGAUGCAUUAUGCAAUGUUGUGUCAGCCUCACCAACAAAAGCAGCUACGGCAGUUGUACUUCAGGCGGAGCGGGAAUUGCAGCCCUGGAUUGCCAAGGAUGAUGAUUUAGGUCAGAAGAUGUGGAGAAUCAAUCAGCGGAUUGUGAAAUUGAUCGUGGAACUUAUGAGGAAUCAUGAGACUUCAGAAUCAUUGGUAAUUGUGGCAAGUUCUUCAGAUUUACUACUGCGAGCCACAGAUGGGAUGCUGGUUGAUGGAGAAGCUUGCACUUUACCACAGUUGGAGCUAUUGGAAGCAACAGCUAGAGCAGUUCAGCCAGUGCUCGAGUUUGGAGAAUCUGGAUUGGCUGUGGCAGAUGGCCUUUCAAACCUUUUAAAGUGUCGCCUCUCAGCUACAAUUAGAUGUCUUUCUCAUCCAAGUGCACAUGUCCGAGCUCUGAGUAUAUCAGUUCUUCGUGACAUUUUGCAUACUGGUUCAAUCAGAUGUAGUCCUAAACCUCGGAGAUUAAAUGGCACCCACAACCCCUCUUAUCAAUACUUCAAUUUGGAUGUCAUUGACUGGCAAGCUGACAUAGAAAAAUGCUUGACUUGGGAAGCUCACAGCCGACUUUCAAACGGAUUGUCUAUUAACUUUCUUGAUACCACUGCCAAAGAGUUAGGCUGUACUAUUUCCAUGUGAAAUGAAAUCAUCCAUCUUAGUCCGUGACAAUUUUUUACUAGACGUAUAGAAAAAAAAAACUUAUUGAUAUGCUUAUUGAACUAACGGGUUUGCAAAUAAGCAUAAUUCUGCUAGUCCUGUUGAAAAGAGCUGCAGUCAUAAUUCUAGUAUGUUUAUAGAAAGCUCAUUUUGUAUCAUGUAUGUACUGUAGCUAAACUAAGUUUCACCCUGAACUUGCUUGUGAGUCUGCUCUCGAUAGAACAGUCUUGUACAGUAACGAAAAACGCUGUAACCAGGUCCUUUUCUAUAUUGUCUCAUUUUGUGUUAUGCUUAUGUUGAUUUAGCUUGUAAUGGAAGUCAUUUCCAAUUGUUUGGAUUAAUGUAUGAUCAGGCAGGCUUUUCUUUUCUUCUC